CUCCGCGUGAGUACUUAAGCCCCGGGGACUGCGGGGCGCAGGGAUGCGUGGCAUCGCUGGAGACUCCUGGUGCGUCUGCGGUCCCUGCCCGCUAGAAUUUCGCCUGCCGGAGCCACCAUGCGCGAGUGCAUCUCCAUCCACGUGGGCCAGGCCGGGGUGCAGAUGGGCAAUGCCUGCUGGGAGCUCUACUGCAUGGAGCACAGCAUCCAGCCCAACGGCACCAUGCUCGGCGACAAGGCCCCGGCGAGCGGCGACGACUCCUUCAACACCUUCUUCAGCGAGACGAGGGCUGGCCGGCACGUGCCCCGGGCUGUCUUUGUGGACCUGGAGCCUGCCGUCAUAGAUGGGGUAAGAACUGGCAUUUAUAGACAGCUCUUCCACCCUGAGCAGCUAAUAUCUGGCAAGGAGGACGCGGCCAACAACUACGCCCGUGGCCACUACACCGUGGGGAAGGAGAUCAUUGACCUGGUGCUGGAGCGGAUCCGGAAACAGACGGAUCAGUGCACCGGGCUCCAGGGCUUCCUGGUCUUCCACAGCUUCGGGGGUGGCACCGGCUCGGGCUUUACCUCUCUGCUGAUGGAGCGGCUCUCUGUGGACUACGGCAAGAAGUCCAAGUUGGAGUUUGCCAUCUACCCAGCCCCCCAAGUGUCCACAGCGGUGGUGGAACCCUAUAACUCCGUCCUGACCACCCACACCACCCUGGAGCACUCGGACUGCGCCUUCAUGGUGGACAAUGAGGCCAUCUACGACAUCUGCCGUCGCAGCCUGGACAUCGAGUGCCCCACCUACACCAACCUCAACCGGCUCAUCGGCCAGAUCGUGUCCUCCAUCACUGCCUCCCUGCGUUUCGAAGGCGCCCUCAACGUGGACCUCACGGAGUUCCAGACCAACCUGGUGCCCUACCCCCGCAUCCACUUCCCGCUGGUGACCUACUCGCCCAUCAUCUCGGCGGAGAAGGCCUCCCACGAGCAGUUGUCAGUUUCGGAGAUCACCAACGCCUGCUUCGACCCUGCCAAUCAGAUGGUCAAGUGUGACCCCCGGCACGGCAAGUACAUGGCCUGCUGCGUGCUCUAUCGUGGAGACGUGGUGCCCAAGGACGUGAACGCGGCUAUCGCCACCAUCAAGACCAAGCGCACCGUCCAGUUUGUGGACUGGUGUCCCACAGGUUUCAAGGUUGGCAUCAACUACCAGCCCCCCACCGUGGUGCCUGGGAGCGACCUGGCCAGGACACAGCGGGCAGUCUGCAUGCUGAGCAACACGACCGCCAUCGCCGAGGCCUGGGCCCGCCUCAACCACAAGUUUGACCUCAUGUACGCCAAGCGUGCCUUCGUGCACUGGUACGUGGGCGAGGGCAUGGAGGAGGGCGAGUUCUCCGAGGCCCGAGAAGACCUGGCCGCCUUGGAGAAGGAUUACGAGGAGGUGGGCACAGAGUCUGCGGCCGGCGAGGAUGACGCUGAAGAUUUCUGAGGGGUCUCUGCCCCCGCACUCCAGCUCUGUGUGUCUCCCUCCACUGCUUCCCUGACCCCUUGCAAAUACAAUCAAUGUAUGGCGUGA